CGCGGCUCCAGCACGCAUGCGUGAGCCGGAGCUUCGGCCAGGUCCUGCUGAUGGGUCGGACGGGUGCUGCGCAUUUAAUCGUGGUGUCUGUGAAGAGCGUCUAGGUGGGAAUGGCAGCUACUGAAGCCCAUCGAGUCAUCGUGUACGGAGGAAGAGGGGCUCUCGGCUCUGCGUGCGUGCAGUAUUUUAAAUCUAAAAGCUGGUGGGUAGCCUGCGUGGAUGUGGCCGCUAACGAAGAGGCGAACGCCAACGUGCUUGUCAAGCUGACGGACUCGUUCCCUGAGCAAGCUGAACAGGUGACAGCCGAUGUGUGUCAGUUGCUGGGAGGGAAUAAGGUGGACGCCAUCCUCUGUGUGGCAGGAGGGUGGGCAGGAGGGAGCGCGAAAGCCAAAGCGCUGUACAAAAACAGCGACCUGAUGUGGAAGCAGAGUGUCUGGACAUCAACCAUCUCCAGUCAUUUGGCCACCAAACAUCUGAAGGACGGCGGUCUUUUAACCUUGUCGGGUGCUAGGGCCUGUCUCGAGGGAACUCCGGGCAUGGUUGGCUAUGGCAUGGCCAAAGCUGCAGUUCACCAGCUGUGCCUCAGUCUGGCCGGGGAGAACAGCGGACUGCCCUCCGGUUCUGCGGCGGUGGCCAUCCUGCCCGUUACCUUGGAUACGCCGAUGAACAGAAAAUCGAUGCCCGAUGCAGAUUUCAGCUCAUGGACGCCGCUGGACUUUGUGGCCGAGAUGUUCUUCAACUGGACCGUGGGGGUGGACCGUCCCGGCUGCGGGAGCCUGGUGCAGCUGGCGACAGCUGGCGGGAAGACGGAGACCACGCUGGUGGAGAAGUGAAGACGGGAGAGAGUCAAGGAGGGGAGGGGAGCACUGCGGGCAGGCAGCUUCGGCCUAGUUGGGAACCCCUUCCCCGCAUCUCCCCGUGCCGUAAAUGUAGUCGGCUUGUUUACUUUGACCUUGUUUCUCAAUGUUGCACAAAAAAAACCAGAAAAAAAAAUCCUAUCCAGUGUUACAGUGGGUACUUUCCUGUCGAGUGACCCUAACACCGCUGACUCUGUUUGUGGGGCGUGUCUGUGGUAUGCUCUUCUAUAGGUGUCAGCUGUCGCGUGUCGUUAGAAGACCGCGUUGUUUUUAAAGUCCCGGUGCCCCUUAUUUUCUCUGGGGAAGCUGUCUUUGUGUCCAUUUCGCAUCGUGCCAUAACGUUUAACAACUUUGCCAAUAAAAAAAAAAAAAAAAGCAAAGAAAUCGUCUGAUUUAAGGCUGAUAAUGGUUUCUCAUCUGUAGUCUGAGUGAGGUUUUAUUUGAAAUGUGACCGUAGGCCAGUGACCUUUGCACAACUUGUAUGCCUUGGGGGGAAAAAAAUUGGUAUACUCUAAUUCAGGUUUACUGAUGCAGUGUGGCCACAUUUAUCACAAGGGGGCGCACUCGAGUAAAGCACAAAUUCCAUCUUACUGCCUUUGUUAGAAAAAAUAUGGAUCGUUAAAAAAAUGGGUGUUGCUGACAGAUUCGGGUAUCAUGAUUUUGUGAUUUACACGACGCCAUACACCGCUAAAGUCGUCAUACGCAAAAGCUGUAGCGCAGUACCUCUCCCCUUUAGAAGAGUGUUAACAUCCUGUGGUAUCAAAAGGCCAGAACGACGAUAUGAUGUAUUUUAACAUGCUUCUCUUCACUGUGUAGUACAACCUGGGCGUUUCCUCACACUGUUUGUAAUUAAAGUCAAAUCACAUUACAGGUGGAAUAAACAAACAUGUAGUGGGUAACAUGAUCAUUUUU